GGCGGUGACAAUGGGAGCAGCGCGGGCGGCGCCGGGAGGCAGCUGACAAGCGUUUGCGGCUUCGCUUCAUGGCCGCUCUCCCGCCCCGCCUGGGAUCUGUGGGGAGCUGGGGAGCCCGCGGCGGCCUGGAGCCGGAGCUGGCGAGCCGAGCGGAGACCUGUGCGCCGCGCCUCUGAGGCGCAGCAUGUGAAGCGGAUACGGCAUCCAGUGCGCGGCGAGCCUCUCAGCCGGCCGGGAUGGCUACCACGGCCGAGCUCUUCGAGGUGGGCCCCGGCGGCUCUACAGGGAGUGGCAGGCCCGGGGUUUGCAGGCAGCUGGGUGGGCGGGCCGAGGAGCGGGCGUUUGCUGGCUGCCCAGGAGGAGCCCUCGGGAGAGAGGAGCCUUUUGUGGCAGAUGAAUAUAUUGAGCGUCUUGUAUGGAGAACCCCAGGAGGAGGCUCUAGAGGUGGACCUGAAGCUUUUGAUCCUAAAAGAUUAUUAGAAGAAUUUGUAAGUCAUAUUCAGGAACUCCAGAUAAUGGAUGAAAGGAUUCAGAGGAAAGUAGAGAAACUAGAGCAACAAUGUCAGAAAGAAGCCAAGGAAUUUGCCAAGAAGGUACAAGAGCUGCAGAAAAGCAAUCAGGUUGCCUUCCAACAUUUCCAAGAACUAGAUGAGCACAUUAGCUAUGUAGCAACUAAAGUCUGUCACCUUGGAGACCAGUUAGAGGGGGUAAACACACCCAGACAACGCGCAGUGGAGGCUCAGAAAUUGAUGAAAUACUUUAAUGAGUUUCUAGAUGGAGAAUUGAAAUCUGAUGUUUUUACAAAUUCUGAAAAGAUAAAGGAAGCAGCAGACAUCAUUCAGAAGUUGCACCUAAUUGCCCAAGAGUUACCUUUUGAUAGAUUUUCAGAAGUUAAAUCCAAAAUUGCAAGUAAAUACCAUGAUUUAGAAUGCCAGCUGAUUCAGGAGUUUACCGGUGCUCAAAGAAGAGGUGAAAUCUCCAGAAUGAGAGAAGUAGCAGCAGUUUUACUUCAUUUUAAGGGUUAUUCCCAUUGUGUUGAUGUUUAUAUAAAGCAGUGCCAGGAGGGUGCUUAUUUGAGAAAUGAUAUAUUUGAAGAUGCUGCAAUACUCUGUCAACGAGUGAACAAACAAGUUGGAGAUAUCUUCAGUAAUCCAGAAACAGUCCUGGCUAAACUUAUUCAAAAUGUAUUUGAAAUCAAACUACAGAGUUUUGUGAAAGAGCAGUUAGAAGAAUGUAGGAAGUCUGAUGCAGAGCAAUAUCUCAAAAAUCUCUAUGAUCUCUAUACAAGAACCACCAAUCUUUCCAGCAAGCUGAUGGAGUUUAAUUUAGGUACUGAUAAACAGACUUUCUUGUCUAAGCUUAUCAAAUCCAUUUUCAUUUCCUAUUUGGAGAACUAUAUUGAGGUGGAGACUGGAUAUUUGAAAAGCAGAAGUGCUAUGAUCCUACAGCGCUAUUAUGAUUCGAAAAACCAUCAAAAGAGAUCCAUAGGCACAGGAGGUAUUCAAGAUUUGAAGGAAAGAAUUAGACAACGUACCAACUUACCACUUGGGCCAAGUAUCGAUACUCAUGGGGAGACUUUUCUAUCCCAAGAAGUGGUGGUUAAUCUUUUACAAGAAACCAAACAAGCCUUUGAAAGAUGUCAUAGGCUCUCUGAUCCUUCUGACUUACCAAGGAAUGCCUUCAGAAUUUUUACCAUUCUUGUGGAAUUUUUAUGUAUUGAGCAUAUUGAUUAUGCUUUGGAAACAGGACUUGCUGGAAUUCCCUCUUCAGAUUCUAGGAAUGCAAAUCUUUAUUUUUUGGACGUUGUGCAACAGGCCAAUACUAUUUUUCAUCUUUUUGACAAACAGUUUAAUGAUCACCUUAUGCCACUAAUAAGCUCUUCUCCUAAGCUAUCUGAAUGCCUUCAGAAGAAAAAAGAAAUAAUUGAACAAAUGGAGAUGAAAUUGGAUACUGGCAUUGAUAGGACAUUAAAUUGUAUGAUUGGACAGAUGAAGCAUAUUUUGGCUGCAGAACAGAAGAAAACAGAUUUUAAACCAGAAGAUGAAAACAAUGUUUUGAUUCAAUAUACUAAUGCCUGUGUAAAAGUCUGUGCUUAUGUAAGAAAACAAGUGGAGAAGAUUAAAAAUUCCAUGGAUGGGAAGAAUGUGGAUACAGUUUUGAUGGAACUUGGAGUACGUUUUCAUCGACUUAUCUAUGAGCAUCUUCAACAAUAUUCCUACAGUUGUAUGGGUGGCAUGUUGGCAAUUUGUGAUGUAGCCGAAUAUAGAAAGUGUGCCAAAGACUUCAAGAUUCCAAUGGUAUUACAUCUUUUUGAUACUCUGCAUGCUCUUUGCAAUCUUCUGGUAGUUGCCCCAGAUAAUUUAAAGCAAGUCUGCUCAGGAGAACAACUUGCUAAUCUGGACAAGAAUAUACUUCACUCCUUCGUACAACUUCGUGCUGAUUAUAGAUCUGCCCGCCUUGCUCGACACUUCAGCUGAGAUUGAAUUUACAAAGGAAUUCAGUGUCAGUUCCUUUACAGAGGAAUGUCUUAUACUUCAGCAGGCCUCGGUUGAUAGAAAGCACAGGAGAUACCUUAUGACACAGCCAACAUUUUGUGAAACAAUGACUGGAACAAAACAGCAGCCAUACUUACCUUUGAGAUUUUAUUUAAAGUUUGGAUACCCCUAGCUAUAUUUUGCUUUUUUCCCCUUACAUUGAAUUUUAAUUCCAUUCUUGAAUGUAGAAAUUUCAGAUUCUCUAAAACUACAUGUCAAUGUUUUCAUCCUAGAAAAUGUUGCUGUCAGAAGGCAAAGGAAAUGUUACCAGUGUUUUCGGUUCUUGUACUUUUAACAUAUUCCAUUUAGAAAUUUUGCCAUUCUGUUUUCCAUUAAUAAUAGGCAAAAUACAGGAAAACUACAUUCGUUAUUCCUCAGUUUUCAAUGACCUUUUCAGCAUCAAUUGUUAAUCAGAUUAUUUUAGGUUUUCGUAAAUAAUUUUUUUGCCUCUUUCAAAAGGUUAACAAUUAAGCAUACUUUCUGUAGUUGGUUGAUUGGAUUUUUUUCUGAGGUACAACAUUAAUACUAGUCCAAAAAAUGUCAUAAACUGAACUAAAAUGAUGAAAUAUUUUAUGUAGACAUUAGGAGUGGAUCAGAAUACUUCUGCUUUCUGGGUAAAACUCAAAAGUUUACUAUUUCUUAUUUGGUAAAUAGAUUUUAAGCCAAUUCUAGUAAGAAAUUAAUAAAACUACCUUAUUUUGUAUUUCAUUUAAGGUGAAGGACCUUAACUAAAGGACCAUAUUUAUUCAUUAUUUUAAUAUUAUAAGGGAAGUAAAAAAAAGUGAGGUAUAGUCUAAAUGGUGCAUAUAAGAAAUACUGACAGUGUUUAGCAACAUGCAGCCCUUUAAGAUUUCUGUCGUAAUGCUAAACUUGAAUAAGAUGGAAUGGCUGAACGUGUGGUUAGUCUUUUAUUUUAAGAAGGAUUGAGAAUUGAUAGAUUUGGAGAUGAGCUUUGCAAAGGCUGUUUGCUUUUCAUGUCUAUAGGUCUGUCAUUGUCCUUUUUCAAAGCAUUUCUGAAGUUAUUCCUACUUGGAUAUAGUUAAUGGAAUUGGCCUAAUUUGAUGACAUAAUAAAUCACUUAUAAAAUUUUAAAUAUCAAGUGAAAAUUUAGAAAGGCCAUUACUAUUCUAUAAACCUUAUAAACUUGCUCUGGGAGAAUGCAUUCUAAAUUAUAUAUAAUGUUUCAGCUCCCAUUGUGGUGUUCAUAGUCUUCUAGGAACAGGUAAACUUAAGUAUUCAAUUCACUCUUGGCAUUUUUUCUUUAAUAUAGGCUUUUUAGCCUGUUUUUGGAAAACUGCUUUUCUUCUGAGAACCUUAUUCUGAAUGUCAUCAACUUUACCAAACCUUCUAAGUCCAGAGCUAACUUAGUACUGUUUAAGUUACUAUUGACUGAAUUUUCUUCAUUUUCUGUUUAGUCCAGUGUUACCAAGGUAAGCAAGGGAAUGAAGUAUACCAACUUCUUUCAGAGCAUUUUAGGACAUUAUGGCAGCUUUAGAAGGCUGUCUUGUUUCUAACCAAGGGAGAGCCAGAGCAGGUUUUGGAUACUAGAGAAAGUCAUAUGCUUGUACUAUUGCCAUUUUAGAAAGCUCUGAUGUGAAUUCAAAUUUUACCUCUGUUACUUAAAGCCAACAAUUUUAAGGCAGUAGUUUUACUGGCCAUUUAAGCUCUUUGUACAGUGUCAAUUUGUAAAAAAGAAAAAACGAAAAAAAAUCUCAAAUAAAACAUAAGAUAACAUUUUAAGACUUCCAAAUCAGAGAAGUGCUUCAAAUUAUUUUGUUUGGAUUAAUUUUUAAAAUGUAAAGCAUAUACUUGUUGCUUAGUUAUUUUGUUUAUUAUUUUCAUGCUUGAGUUCUGUGCAAUAUUUUCUAUUAUGUCCGUUGAUAGGACAGUGACAAAAUUCGUAAGUGAAUACUUAAUUUAGAAGUGUUAACAUUAAUGCUCAAUAAACAAAUUCCCUGCA